AUGCGGCAGCAACACGCGGUCGGCCUGGAAAACAUCCAUACCCGACACGAAGCCGACCUAACAGCUUUACGUGCUGAGAACAAGCGCAUUCGCGCCCAGCUUCCUUGGUGCCCCUCUGAUCAGCCCCCUCAACCAAGCAAUCAAAACGAGGAAGAGGGGCAUUCGGUUUCUCAACCACCGACUGCACCCAGGGCGGCGACCCAUAGGUCUACUAUAUACAGGUCACACGUACCAACAAACAGGUCAAACCAUGAAGUCAGCAAUGCCCCUGCCCAGGCACCAGGGUACAGGGCGAGCAUCCGCCGCCAUCCUUUUGUCGACGACAUCAUGGAGACGCCCUUCCUUUUGGAUGGAAGGUUUUUUUUGACCUCGCUCAAGGGAUUGGCGCUCACCUGGUAUACUCAAUUGCUAGCGGGAUCGGUCGAUAACUUCGACACUCUGGUUACACGAUUCACGACACAUUAUGCGACAAGUCGACCUCAUCACAUCAUGCUCGCCGCCUUGGCCAGUCUCAGACAGGGCAACGACGAACCACUGAGGGCGUUCAUGGAGCGCUUUGCUAGCAUCUCGGUCAAGAUCCGCAACCUAAAUCCCGAGGUCACCCUUCACGCCAUGCUCAUGGCGCUCAAGCCAAGACCUUUCGUCGACAACCUGUGGUACAUUCAGAUAAAGGAACACACCGCUUUUCACGACCAAGUUCGUGGAAAAUCACAGGCAAAGCCGGACCACGAUCACAAGGAUAAGGUGAAAGUCACCAAUGAUAGCCAGUUCAAGAAGGCUGCUAGGGCAAACAAAGGAGGGAGUUACAACAGCGCGGACAAGUCCAAGCAUUGUCGAUACCAUAGAAACUAUGGUCUCACAACCGAGGAGUGUUGCACGUUCAGAGACCGUAUUGAGGAACUCGUCCAAGGAGGGCAUCUCGGACAAGCGGUGCAGGCCGAGGUAAAUCAGGAUAUAGGGUCGGCUCCCUUGCAAGGAGUCAUCAACACAAUUACAAGUGGCUUCGCAGGGGGAGGCUCUAGUAGCUCGGCACGCAAAAGGCACUUGCAGAGCAUCAACAAUGUCCACACUGACACCUCGGCCCCGCACCGCAAUACUCCAGCCAUCACCUUCAUAGACGAUGACUACACCGACGUUUGUCCAAACCAGGACGACCCUAUGGUCAUCGCUGUGGAAGUAGCAAAUUGGGAGGUCCACAAGGCACUGAUAGACCAGGGAAGCUCAAUUGAUGUCCUAUACUGGCCGACGUUCCUAAGAUUAGAUAUUCCUUACUCCCUCAUUCAACCUCACACAGAACCCCUAGUCAAUUUUACAGGAGAGUGA